UUGUUCGUGUCAAUGUUAAUGAAAUCAUUGUUCGAGGUGUCGGUGUAUGAAAAAUUAUGCUCUUUCAUAAGUCAACACAGUGAACAUUAGGACGUGCCGGUCGAUAUGAGAAAACUGUGCGUUUUGUGUGCUUUUGUGUUUUUGCUCAACGCAGUGUCGGCUGAAGAUGUCGACCUGCGUUAUUUCACUAGGAGAUAUUUUCCUCGAUUAUCGGUUGGUGAAGAUUUUGACGGAUGUUUGGAAAAUACAGACGGCGUUUAUUAUUCGGUCGAUGUACAGUUGAAACAAGAUGAAUCACCGCUGUCGAAAAGUAUUCAGCUUCACGCAAAAGACAACAUGAUACAUUAUAACUAUUCAAAUAUACACAGAGCCAUUUGCGGAACGAUAUGUGGUCUAAAUAAAACGCAUACAGUUAUCAACGAAACUGUUAGAUCGACAUUGAAAAGUUGCUUGAAUAAGAAAAUUUAUGACAAAUAUGGAUUGGAGGUGGAUUCAGUAACCGUAUUUUAUGUUAAAACCAAUGAUAAAGAGCCGCUUUCAUUUUUAUAUUAUUUUGCGAUAUUUCUAGUUGCUACGAUCCUUUUACUAAACUUAGGCGGUUCUCUAUACACAUGUGCUUUUCCAGUUGAAAAAACCAGUUUAAUCACAGCAUUUUCUAUCAAAAACAAUUGGAAAGAACUAUGUGGGAGUGAGAAGGAAUCAUUUAAAUGCAUUCAGGCAUUAAGAUUUUACACAAAUCUAGUCACACUUGCGCUGCAUUCUGGUGUUUUCCUAAGUUCCGGUCUGAUACAAAAUGAGGAAUACAUUGAAGAUGCAUUUUCAGGCAUUAAGAGCUCCUUCACGAAUCUCCGGAUAGUCAUGCAGACUUUCUUCGUUAUUGGCGGGUUUCUGAUGGCCAACAAAGUUCUGGGCAUGAUUGAAAAGAACCAGUUUGGUCUGAAAUGUCUACCUAAACUUCUCCUUAACAGAUAUCUGAGAAUAAUGCCGACUCUACUCUUCAUGGUGGUAUUAACAGCCACUUGGAUACCGAAGAUGGGGUCGGGUUGUUUGUGGGAGAGGGUAGUGGUUCACGAAGGGUUGAUGUGUAAGAAAAAUUGGUGGCAUCUGGUCCCGCUAGUCCAGAACUUCUUCCCGUUUGAAAACGAAUGCUUGCCGCAGACUUGGUACCUCGGAGCUGACUGGCAACUCUUCAACUUUUCCUUAAUAAUUCUACUCUUAAUCUGGAAAUUCCCGAAACACGGAGGAAAGCUUUUAUUAAUCACAUCUUUCAUCAGUAUAUUGGUGAUAUUUCUACAGUCAUACAUUUUGAAUCUACGGCCUAUAAGAUCCAGUAUAUCACCUGACCUCAUCAGGACUCGUUUCCAAGGAGACGACACCAUGUUCUACAGCUACUUUUCACCGCAAUGCAAUUGGGCGGGCUACCAUAUAGGAGUCUUGGCGGCUUACAUUUACAGGAAAUCUUUAACUGACAAUUGGGAUCUGAAGAAUUCUCGGAUCUUGAAAAUGCUGUUCCUGGCUUCCGGACCAAUAGUAGCAGCCUCCAUCUUCAUGGGCGGAGAUCUCCACAAACGCGAAGCGUCAAGAUUCGAAGCGGCCAUCUUUAAUUCUUUGGACCAAAACCUCUUCGCCGCAGCUAUAGCGGUUCAAAUAUUGGGAUGUCUAUUUAAAAUGAAUGAUUUUUACAUCAACAUCUUGGAAUGGAAACCUCUGCAGUCCCUGGGUCGCUUGUCUUACUGCUCUCUCCUGAUCCACACAGGAGUGUUGAGGACAUACGGUGGUCAUCAAUUAGGAUUUACUGCUUCGGAUUAUAACUUUGUGAUGCUUUUCGCUGGAGUGUUCUGCGUGACAUACGUAUUGUCUGUGCCUCUUUACAUUCUCGUCGAAGCACCAGCUGGAAAUCUUCUCAGAAUGCUUCUUAACUCCAAGAAAGUAACUGCUGAAAGCGUUCAUGCAACAAACGAAAAAGGAGUCGUGAAAAAGAUGGCCGAAAAAAUAAAUGCACAACAAAUUUCCGAUUCGCCAAUGAAUGGCAAUGUUUUGUCUUAGUUUUACUUAUAGAUAAACUAGAGGCCGCCCGCGACUUCGUCCGCAUGGAAACCCUAUCAAUCCCGCGGGAACUCUGGGAUAAAAAGUAGCCUAUGUGUUAUUCUGGGUCUUCAGCUACCUACAUACCAAAUUUCAUGGUAAUCGGUUCAGUAGUUUUUGCGUGAAAGAGUAACAAAGAUCCAUACAUCCAUACAAACUUUCGCCUUUAUAAUAGUAGUAGGAUUAAAGUAGGUUCUUUAUUAGACUUUAGAGGCGUUUGACAUUGUUUUUGACCGACUACAAAAGAAGUAAGGUGUUUUGUUUGUAUACUCUGUGUUUUUAAAAUGUGCCCGUGUGGUUUCUGGCACUUUAGAGUAGAACCACUCCAUAUCUUUCCCAUGGAUGUCUUAAAUGGCGACUAAAGGAUAGGCUUCUUAAACUUACGAUUUUUCUUGUCACUAUUUCAAUCUCAGUUCCAUUAUUGAACCAUACAGCUGAAUGUGGCCUUUUAGUCUUUUCAAGACUGUUGGCUCCGUCUACCCCGCAAGGGAUAUAGACGUGAAUAUGUAUGUAGGUAUGUUUAAUUGAAAGUAUGUUUGUGGUUUUGUUAGUUCUUGUGUUCUGAUUUAGAUGGGGUUUUCUUUCUCAAAUUCGACAUUUUUAAGAUAGUUUAUGAAUCCUACUUUAAGAUGUUAAAUAAAGUUAGGUUCUGCCUAAUUUUUAAGAGAUUCCAUAACUUCUUUCAACUAUCUCCAAUCCACUAUUCUAGAUUAUAACUAUUUUUAUGUUACUUCCUUCAACUGUCUCUAAUUCACAACACUUUCUUUUAUAACUAUUAGAUAUUUAUAACUAUUUUUAUACUAAAAAUUACACUUUUAAGAUAAGGAUAAGAUCUUAAUCAGGAAGAUGGUCAGACUUGAAAUCACUUAUAUGCUUAUGAUACGAAAAUCUUUUCAGUUAUCAUUUAAGUAUGAUAUAUGUAAUUAGCAUAAGAAAUAAAUAAAUUAUUAAUUAAGUAUACUGUAAAGGCAGUAUGUUAAUCAUUGAAUGCUGUGCAAAAUGGACUUGUGUAUUUAUAAUUACAAUAAAUAAACAUUAGUUUUCAA